AUGGCCCAGCGUCAAGAAACAGGUGCCGCCCUCCCCCCACGAACCUUUUCGCCCAUGCACCAGGUCUCCGUCGAGAGGAUCCUGCGUAACGCCACCGAGAUCCCCUCCGCGCGCCAGCCGCAGCCCGGAUCGAUCGCCGCAACCCGAGCCGCAGCAAGAGCCGCCGCGAGGAGGACGGAUCCCGGCACAGGUGGCAGUAUGUCUGGUGUGGUAGACGUGACGAGCAGGCGGGUGGUGCCGCAGAAUUUGCCUCAGCGCACGACGAAAGUCAGCGAGAAGCUGGUGCUCAUCCCUGACGCCCCAGAUGAUGAUGAUGAUGUCGAGGAGGACACCGCCCUGCUGGAAGGCGAAGACGAGAGGGCCAGGAGGAGGGCAAUGGAGCAAGAGGAGGACAGGCCGCUGAGGGAUGUGGAGCUGGACGUGCUGAAGAAGCGUGGUGGUAUCCGCGGGAAAAGCUAUGCAGAACGGCUGCCCAAACGACAGCGUGCUGAAAAGGUCUCGAGGCUGACAGCCUAUUGUACGGCCCAGUCCUUCAAGAUGAAGGCCACGGCUGAGUUCCUGCGGACCAAGCACGAGGCAAAAACAAAACUAUACGACGACUGUCUAUACGUGGUUUAUCACCUCCCGCUUAUGUCCGGCAUCGACGGAUACCGGGUGCGAAGCAGACCGAUCCUCAAGACGCCUGGAACGGGCAAGACGGUGCUGGAUCUGGAGAUCGAGAGGAGCGAGAGGAGAGACCAUCACUACGGCUACAUGGAAGACUACACCGGCAGCCCGCUCUCCUCGGAGAGUCCCUCCGUCCUACACCCUAUACCGAGCAGCAGCAGCACCAGCUCAGACAACCGUGGUCGGACUAUGGACAGCCAGACAGAUGACCACCCAACCCUCAGCCCCAUCAACCGCCUCGUUCCCGACGCCAAAAACUUUGCCGAGAUGUUUGUCUUCUCGUACGGCGUGGUCGUCUUCUGGAACUUCACUGAGCGGCAGGAGAAGGACAUCUUGGGCGACCUUACCUUCGCCGAGAGCGAGCGGGGAGGGUCUCUAGUCGUCCGUCCCUUUGAGCCCAACGACUACGAGACCGAGGAGUUCCACUUCGAGUACAGCGCCGAUAUCAAGCACCCGCGUAUAUUCAAUGACAUGAUCACCCUCCUGCCGCGGUCCGACCACAUGGUGAAGCUCGGCAUCAGCCACGCUGUUGCCCAGAGCACAAAGCUAUGCUCUUUCGAGGAGAGGAUGUCCGACACGAUGCAGGAAGCGCUGCCGGUGCCCAAGACUAUGGCCACGACGGGAGACCUGAACAUGGGGCGGGAUGAGAUUGUAAAGAUCUUAGGCCGGCUUUUUAAGAGCCGGGUGGACAUCAAUCUUUCAUCAAACAUCCUGCCCGUCCCCAACUUCUUCUGGGAGUCCGAGCCCACUCUCCACCCUCUCUACAUGGCCAUCCGCGAUUAUCUCGAGAUCGACCCGCGCAUCAAGGUCCUCAACGAGCGCUGCCGCGUCUUUCUUGACCUCGCUGAGAUCCUGUCCGACACCGUCGCCGAUGCCAAGAUGUCCGUCAUCACCUGGAUCGUCAUUAUUCUUAUCGUCAUCUCCAUCGUCGUCACCGUCACUGAGGUUGCCCUGCGCUUCACCAUUCUGCAGAAGAGCAACAACAACAACAACAACAAUGAUAGCAGGGCUCCGACGGUGAACGCCAGCAUAGCGGAGAGUGAUCUCGCCCAGGCCAACAUCACCGUGGAUGAGCUGCGGCAGUGGGCUGCCGGCUUAGGCGAGAGCGAGAAGACCGCUGUCUGUGGUGAGGAGAUUGUGCCGAGGACAUUUGUGGGCGUGUAG